GGCAUACUCUCCGCCUUCGACCUGCAGACAUACUGCCGGUUGUCUAAAGAACUUUUUUCCAUUUUUCCCUCCAUAUCAUCAACAACUUGAUACUCGCAAAUCGCUCACUCAUCAUGGCGCCUCUCGUUCCUUCGCAGGCGGAGCUUGAUCGCCGGAGGCUCGUCGACAUCAAUCUGGAAACGGUCUCCAACAUCCCCUCCACAGACUUCCCGGGUCACUGGCCGGGCGAGUCGCAUGAGUGGAACUUGGAGAAAUUCAGAAAUGAAUUCAAUGUUGAGUUCCAUCGCAACGAAAGAUUCGAAUCUUCCUUCUCUCUCAUCGGCGUCGACGCAUCGAUCGCAAAUGCCUUCCGCCGUAUCGUCAUGGCUGAAGUUCCCAGCGUUGCCAUCGAGUUCGUCUUCGUUCACAACAACACCUCCGUCAUCCAGGAUGAAGUGCUCGCUCAGCGAUUGGGUCUGAUUCCACUGAAGGGUUCCGUGGAUGGUAUAAACUGGAUGCGUUGGUUUAAGAAGGCUACGGAGGAUGAUCCCGAGGGUAGCGAUCCGUCCGAUUAUAACACCAUCGUCUUGCGACUCGACAUCGAAUGCACCAAGAACCCCAACGCUGACCCCACUGAGAAUGACCCCCGCAAGCUGUAUAAGAAUGCGCAUGUUUACGCCAGAGAUAUUACUUUCCAUCCUGUCGGACGUCAGGAACAAUUCUUUACUGGCGAGGAUGCUAUUCAGCCGGUCAACCCAGACAUCCUGAUCGCUAAGCUUCGCCCGGGUCAGAAGAUCGACCUGGAAAUGCACUGUAUCAAGGGCAUUGGAGCCGACCAUGCUAAGUUCUCGCCUGUUGCUACCGCCUCAUACCGUUUACUUCCCGAUAUCCAGAUUCUGCGCCCCAUUCUUGGAGAAGACGCUAAGAAGUUCGCCAAGUGCUUUCCUAAGGGCGUGAUCGGUUUAGAGCCUGUUACCCGGGAAGAGGCCGCGAAGCAGGGAAGCGGAUACGAGGGCCACGAGGGCGAGACGAAGGCUGUUGUUCGUGAUGCCUUCAAGGAUACUGUUAGCAGGGAAUGUCUCAGACAUGAGGAGUUCCAGGGCAAGGUGAAGCUCGGUCGCGUGCGCGACCAUUUCAUCUUCAACAUCGAAAGUACUGGCCAAUUCGAUAGUGAUGUCCUGUUCUUAGAAAGCGUGAAGGUCCUGAAGCUCAAAUGCGCCAGAUGGAAGCGGGGAUUGGCGGAUCUCAUGCGGUAAACGAGUUCUACGCUAUAUUCCCGCAUUUCAUGUUAAAAUUCUUAAUGCAUGGUCGGCGUUGGUUUUCGUUGCUAUUUUGCGAGUUUGUACAGUUUAUGAAAAGUCGGUCAAGACCUUCUUUUGUUGGGAG